AUGGGUGCCCUCAAGUACGUGGAAGAGAUCCAGAAGAAGAAGCAGUCCGACGUGAUUCGCUUCCUGCUGCGUGUCCGUUGCUGGGAGCUCCGUCAACUGAACGCUAUCCACCGUGCUUCGCGUCCUUCUCGCCCCGACAAGGCUCGUCGUCUCGGCUACAAGGCCAAGCAGGGAUAUGUCGUCUACCGUAUCCGUGUGAGACGUGGUGGCCGCAAGAGACCCGUGCCCAAGGGUGCCACCUACGGCAAGCCCACCAACAUGGGUGUCAACCAGCUUAAGUACCAGCGUGCUCUCCGUGCCACCGCCGAGGAGCGUGUCGGUCGCCGCUGCGCCAACCUGCGUGUCCUGAACUCCUACUGGAUCAACCAGGACUCCACCUACAAGUACUUCGAGGUUAUCCUCGUCGACCCCCAGCACAAGGCCAUCCGCCGUGAUGCCCGCAUCAACUGGAUCGCCAAGCCCGUCCACAAGCACCGUGAGGCUCGUGGUCUUACCGCCACUGGCAAGAAGUCCCGUGGUAUCAACAAGGGCCACCGCUACAACAACACCAAGGCUGGUCGCCGCCACACCUGGAAGCGCCAGAACACCCAGAGCUACUGGAGAUACCGUUAAGUGUAGAUGGGUGGCUAAGGGAGAUUGUGUGUCGUGGAAAAAAUGGUUUCAUGUGGACGUGUUUAUUUCGUGUCUCAUUCGUUUCUAUGGCCAUGUCAAUGAAAUGCUUGGGUGCGAGCAUAAUGAAACAGAUCUUCUGGAUCGGAUGUUAACAAAAUUUUUUUCUCUUGGGUUCAACUUUUAUUAUUCCCCCUCAACGAAGUAUGACGACUGUUUUCUCGGU